GUGAUAAACAGCGGACAAAAAAUGUGAAGUGAGAGGGAGUUUGGAUCCACAAGAAUAUUAUUUCCUUAUUAAACAAUAAGGAAAACAUGGCGAAUUCAAGCGAGGCUCUGAAUGUGACCUCCGCUCAGGCUCACCGUGCUGAGAUCCUGGAAAAUCCACUGCAGACAUAUCUCGUGGGAAUCAUAAUCUCCAUAUGUGGGAAUGUCCUCAUCAGCAUUUCACUCAACAUACAGAAAUAUGCCCACGUCCGUCAGUCUCAGCGGGGCUCCAAGCCUUACUACACGUCUGUGAUGUGGUGGUGCGGUGUGGUUCUCAUGGGCAUCGGGGAGCUGGGUAACUUUGCUGCCUACGGCUUUGCCCCAGCAUCACUCAUAGCCCCGCUAGGCUGUGUGUCUGUCAUAGCCAGCGCUGUCAUAUCUGUGGUCUUCCUCAAGGAGACGGUGCGUGCCUCCGACAUUGUUGGUGGCACCCUGGCAAUAACAGGAACGUAUGUCCUGGUGACCUUUGCCCCCCACACUUCCACACACAUCACAGCCCAUCUGGUCCAGUACUAUGCCGUCAGCUGGCACUUCCUGCUUUACCUAUUCAUAGAGGUCGUCGUCUUUUGCAUCCUGCUCUAUCUGUACAAGAGGAGGAAUGUGAAGCACAUCAUCAUUGUGAUGCUGCUGGUGGCCCUGCUCGCUUCUUUGACAGUCAUCUCAGUCAAAGCUGUAUCAGGAAUGAUCACAGAGACAAUAAAGGGCCAGCUGCAGCUCAUCUACCCCAUCUUCUACGUCAUGCUUGUCGUCAUGAUCGCCUCCUGCGCCUUCCAGAUCAAAUUUCUCAAUCAGGCAAUGAAAAUGUUUGACGCCACAGAGGUGGUUCCCAUCAAUUUUGUGUUUUUCACCGCAAGUGCCAUUCUUGCAGGGAUAGUAUUUUACCAGGAAUUCGAAGGCUUGGCUUUACUAAACAUCUUCAUGUUUCUUUUUGGCUGUCUCCUGUCUUUCCUGGGAGUUUUCCUGAUAGCCCGAAACAGGCCAAAAAUCAAGCAACAGGAUCGCAAUUUUAUUGCAAUGGAUAAGAUCCCUGGGAGAAGGCACACAGACAAAGUUCAGCCCGAGGCAAAGACUCUGACAUACGGAUCGCUGGCAGCCAAAUUCAUGUGCAACAGCGCUGGCCAAACAGACGAUUCAUAGGACCAGUUCCAUCUGUUUGGACUGUAAUAUUGGUGGAUUUGUGUGUGUGUUUGUGUGUGUGUGUGUGUGUGUUUGUGUGUGUGUGUGUGUGUGUGUGUGUGU